CAGGAGGACUUAUGAGAGAGGGGGGUGAGUCAUUAUCCAUCUUGGAGGCCGGGCCUCACAGACAGCAAGAAGAGAGAGAAGGGAGAGAGAAGGUGUUCUGUUUGAGAGUGUGAGGAAGGGCAAGAGGAGUGUUCGUCCAAACGUAAGGAGGACCCCUCUUGAGAGAUCUACUAACACCCCUUCCUCCAGCAUGGCGGACAUCACAUCUGCCCAAUGGCAGGCCAUGCUGAACGCAGCGGACGAGAACGAGAAACCGUUCUUCCAAAAGCUUUAUAACGACGUCGUGCAGAGGGAAAGGGAGGCAGAGGCAGCAGCCAGAGCCACGAGCAUUGCUGAUCAGGAAGCUCUUCUUCGGAUCCCGGAAGCCAAUGAUGACCGGUUCCAGGAGAGACUAGCUGCUGCCGUAGCAGCCUUGGUUCGACUGUGGACCUUGGAAGACCUUGAGUCCCGUGUGACAGCACUAGAGCAGCGAAACCAAGAGUUGCAGGCUGAGAUACUCAGCCUCAAACAGUCCCAAAUGUCUACCCCCCGCCCUCCUAACCCUCGACCUGCUGCAGUCCAAGUCUCUCAAUCUAACACAGUCAUCAUGGCAAGAGCAAGUGGAACUGUGAAGAGCGCAGGAACCGGUGCCAGCUCCUCGAGCGGCAGCGCCGGCAGUUCUGCACUAGUCAUAGUCCCAAAUUCAGGGACAUCAGCCCAAAACGCCACAGUCCUUACUGGCGUUCAGUACAGCGGUCCCGUAGUGGACAAGCGGGCGGCCACCUUGCCGUCCAAGUACGACGGGAAAGCGGAUAUCACCUCUUGGAUUAGUUCCAUGCGCUCAUACUUCGAGGUCAUGCGGACACCGCAGGAAGACCGAAGCAUGAUCAUGGGCACUAAUACUGAGCCCGCCGUACGGAAUCACAUUGAGCUCCAAGCUGUUGCUGCAGGUUAUGAAAGAAUUGACCUGACCGAGUGGCUGAAAGUAACUCCUGUACGCGCCCUUGAGGAUCUUCUUAUCACACGGUACCAAGAUAAGCAUGCUGCGCUCAAGGCUAGGCUGAAGCUUGAGGCCCUCAAGGGCCAAACAUGGAGGUCCUCCAUGCAGGCUUUGGAACAGCACUUGACUGGUUUGUUCACCACUCCAGAUCUAGGAAUGACCGACGUGUCUUGUAUGGAUGUAUUCAUGGGAGUGGCCCCUAAAGAAUACCUCUCCCUGCUAGGACUCGAAGACCAUACCACUUGGCGAAAAAUCAUGACGGACCUAGUCAACCUAGAGGCCAAGGACCUCGCCAGGCGUAAGAAGGCGCCCGCUGCAGGUGGAAAACCAAAACGCAAGCGGUAUGGAAGCAACAACCAGCUUGCCCUGCAUGAACAUCGGGAGGCUGAAGAUCAGUCCUACGCGGAUGAUCUGUCUCUAGAUGACGAUCUAGAGCCGGACUCCGAUAUGGGUUGUUCCACACCAGCCAUUGAGUCUGACGUAAACGAAGAUGAAAACUUUAAUGCGUUUAAAAAGACUGCUUCAAACAAGGGGUCUAACCGUGGUUCGGGUAAGGGAACUGUUGUCCACCUCCCCAAGAAUGCGAAGAUCCCUGAGAAACCGGAGGACGCAUCUACCAAGCCUUGGGAAGCCCUCCGUAUCGGUCAAAAGAAAGGAAAGAAGAUCUAAACUGCGCAUAUGCUUGCAUUGUCAAAAGCGUGGGCAUGUUGUGCAGGACUGUUAUAGACUUCAGGGAAACAGGCAAAGGGCGUAGAGGAGUCAUCAGCACUCCCUACAACAAGGGAAGCUGGAACAUCAGUUGCAGGCCCCUCCGAUGAGCCUGAAUUUGAUCAACAGCCUACUCUUGAAGCCCGGAACGACGCUGAAUCCAAGGCUGCUGCAGUCCAUGUGUUAUACACUAAGCCUUGGGAGGAGUCUAAGGAAGUUGACUUCCACGCUCACCUGGAACAUUGGCUGCAGCUCAAGCAGCAACGCCUUGUUCAAGGGAGUGUGGAGCUAACCUUCUUUAAACUGCUCAUUAACCGCCGAUACAUCCGCGUGUUGAUUGAUAGUGGUUCAACCACCAACUUCUUUUCUCCUAACGGGAUUCGUAAGGCGGGCCUGCGAAUGAAGCAAAUGGAACUGC